UCAAUUCAUUUUUUAAAAAUGGGAAUAGAUAACUUGAAAUGUGCAUUCUUUUUUGUGGGCCUCUCUGUACACUUUUUUAUGUAUACUUGUUAAGUUUACUUAUUUACUCUGCUUUGGUUUAAUUUGUUAGGUGCUUAUCUUAUUUUAUUAGUUGAACAUACUUUCCUUGUCAAUUCUUGAUUUUUGUUAGUUUGCAUUUCGUUAUUGCCAGUUUGUAUUGUAUGUUUGUUUGGUUAACUCGUGUACUGGGUAAGUAAGUUUUAGAAGGGCAAGAUUUUAAAACCAGCUGAGAAAGCGAGAACUAAGUCGAGUUUAAAUGCAGUUAUACCUUUGGCACCUUGCCUAUUCUCCUGCACUGGUUCAUUACAGCCAAACAACAGCAGAGAGAGAGAGAGACAGAGAGAGAGACUUUAGCUCGUCCCACAGAUAAAGGCGGAACAAUAGCAGGGAAUGGAUGGGGUUGGCUAAACGUGGAGAUAAUCAUCAAGAAUUUCCCUCUUUUUUUUUUAUCCCUUGGGAAAAUCAGCUUUCUUUUCUAUUGAUUAUGCUCCUCCUAGCGGUUCCCACCUUCUCCCCCUGAGGUCUAGUGUUGGUUUAAUCCUGCUUCAGAUAAAAUUCCUCAGGUAACAUACGUCAAGUCACUGGCCAAACUAUCGAUAAGCCAACACUCCUGUUACUACUACUAAAGAUCCAGUUAUUCGGUGCAGUGCGUUAUCUCACACCCAGAGUGGUAAAUACAGCACCUCUACAGGCUAACAUGACUGCGCCGCCAACUGUACUGUUUCACUUUCUCACCCAAUAAAAUCUGUUUUACUGACCCGUAUGUGAACUUUUUUCUACUUUUUCUGUGCAACAAGUUUCGUUACUCUUAACCGUUCCAUUAUUAUCUCUUUGCGGCGACAUCAGGCUCUUCACGGCCUUCCCCUGAGACUGUGGGAAAGUGUGCUGCUAAAAGCACCCAUGCAUUGUCAUGCUAAUGCUUCAGGGUGGUGGGUUUUUUUUUGGAGGGGAGGUUUCGUCAGCUACACACGUUUAAAGCGAGGUGGCAGCAUCAUUUUCCCAGCCUAGCAGGCACCAUUAGUCUAACCCUGUGAGAAAAACAUCGACACGAGAAACUCAUCACCGCGAGUCACAGAACUCAUUUUACUUUCUGUCAGAGAGAGAGAGAAAGAGAAAGAGAGAGCUAUGACCGCUUCAAAUCUCGGCAAUGGACCGGAAAAGAGCUUCAGCGCCAAAGAGGAGCGUAAGUAAUCAACAAUCUAAAUGCACUCAUGUUUUAGCUACGAAAGCCUCUGAUAGAGAAGAGACGCAGAGAACGAAUCAAUUCAAGCCUGGAGCAGCUUAAGGGUAUUAUGGUGGAUGCCUACAAUUUGGAUCAAUCAAAGUUGGAGAAGGCAGAUGUUCUGGAGAUAACUGUGCAACACAUGGAAGGCCUCCAAAGAGGCAUUGGACCAGCAUCCAGUCAGGGGCCUAGUGUGACUUUUGAAUCCCGCCAACGAUACAGUAGCGGUUAUAUCCAGUGUAUGCAUGAGGUACAUAACUUGCUCCUCAACUGCCCAGGCAUGGACAAAUCACUGGGUGCUCGUCUUCUGAACCACCUGCUGAAGGCUCUGCCACAAAUUAGUGGAGAGUGCAGUGCCACGAGUAGUGCUGCCACCACCAGCCCUCUUCCUCUUCCCACAUCUCCUACACAAUCUUCGCUGGCUCUUCCCUCCUUUCAGCCCCGUCCUCACAACCUACACACCCCUCCCUCUCCUGCAAGCCCCCCUUCACCCAGCAGCCCCCAUGGAUCUCCUGGAAUCCUCUUGCAGCGUGAGGGGGCUGGCAUUAGGUCCUCUUCACCCCGAUCACCCUCCCCCCAACCUUUAGCCCCUUCUGCCCUUCCCCCUGCCUUCCCAGGGGGUGACCCUUCUAUGUGGAGGCCAUGGUGAAGACGUGAAACCAUUUACCACUUUUUACUUGCCCUGUCCCCCCUUCUUCUACUCUUCCCUAAUAGUGUCCAUUACAUCCUCAUCUCCUGGGAUGUUUGAGUGCUGGGCCUUUUCACUCUGAGAGCUGAGAGGUCACGGAAUAAUAGUAGGUCUCUCAGCCCCUGGGGGUUUUGUGGCAUCGUUUGAAGCACUAUUCUUUAUGGUUGAUUUACUAUGGUGUAGGCUUGUUUGGAAAUUUGAAAAACAAAAGGGAACCACCACCAAGGAUGCUCACUUAGAACUGAGCGCAUGAAAAAAGAGUUGCUGCUUCAAUACUUGAUGGUACUGUUAUUUUGGUAAAACAGGAAGCAAUGUAAUUUGCUUAAUUGUAUUUCAUUUUGAAAAUGUUUUUAAAUAGAUCUUUGAUUCUUAUGAUUAUCCUUUUCGCUACUUUUAGUGUGGCCUUUUCGCUAAAGUUUAGUGUGGCCUGAUGCAUUUAAAGUCUUACGUCUGAUUUCUGCUAUGAAAUAAUGGACCAGUGUUGAAAUGUGCUAAUGUACACUAAGUAUGUAAAUAUGGGCCUAAGAUGCCAUGACUUCUGAGACUUUUCUUGCAAACACAUGAUAUUUAGACUUGUCCCACAGUCAAGUUCAGGAGGAGAACCUAUGUUAUAGAUGCCCACUCUGUGUGGAGGGUAUCAGAACGUGCUGUAAACAUGUCUAUCAAUAAAGUAAAAAACAUCAA